AUCGGCGCGGUCGAGGAUCAACGCGGCUCGGCGCUGUAGACACUGAAGCAGGCGGUUCAUUGUUGUACUGAGGCGCAGCAGAAACAUUUCCCCCCCAUUCAAACCACUACAAUCAUUUCUACUUCUCAAGCAACGGCAAACAUGAGUACAAUUAACGUGAAGAAGCUGAAGGUGAACGAGCUUAAGGAUGAACUGAAGAAGCGUCAGCUUUCGGAUAAGGGCUUGAAGGCCGAGCUCAUGGACCGGCUGCAGGCCGCGCUCGACGCCGAGGCCCAAGCUGGAGACGCUGCACUCGAUGCGGAAGACGAAGAGGAGGAAAAUGGCGCUGAGGGGCAUAGCGCUGAGCUCGAACAAGAAUUAAUGGGUGAGGAGUUGGAGGAAGACGAAGAGCCCGCGGGCGAGAACAUGGAGGCCGAGGAGGAAAAUGGAGGCGGCGGCGAGCCGGAGAGCACACAGGGCAACUGCGAGGAGGACAUUGGACAGGACGACGAAAUGGCCGACGAAGAAGAGCAGGAGGAAGAUGGAGACGCCGGGAUUGAGAUAGACAAAGCGUUCGACGACGACGAAGAGGAGGAGGAAGAAGAGGAGGACGACGAAGCCGCCGACAAAAUCGACGAAGAGGAUGGUGAGCAAGAGUCGCAGCCGACUGAGGGAGAUGCGGACAAAGACAUCAGUGCUGAUCAGAAGAAUAAGAAGGGUGUUAAGAGACGCCGAGAGGAACAUGGAAGGGGCUACUUUGAAUUUAUUGAAGAAAGCAAAUACAGCCGGGCUAAAUCUCCACUGCCGCCUCUGGAGGAGGAGGAUGAAGAGCUUGAUGAUACUCUGGUGUGUCUGGAUCCAUACAACUGUGACCUGCACUUCAAGGUGUCACGAGACCGCUACAGUGCUACUCCGCUCACGAUGGAGAGCUUUGCCUACCUUUGGGCUGGAGGCCGAGCUUCCUAUGGCGUGAACAAAGGCAAAGUCUGCAUCGAAAUGAAGAUAAUUGAGAAGAUUCCUGUGAAGCACGUGAAGAGUAAGAACAUGGAUGUUCAUGAUGUGCAGAUUGGCUGGUCACUGGCUAAUGGCAGUUUGCUGCUAGGUGAGGAAGAGCAUUCAUAUUCUUUUGCUGUCAAGGGGAAGAAGACGACAAAUUGUGUGACUGAGGAUUACGGCGAGGCUUUUGAUGAGAAUGAUGUUGUUGGCUGCUGCAUUAAUUUUGAUGGCGAUGAAGUUGAAAUUUCAUACUCUAAGAAUGGGAAGGAUCUCGGUGUGGCAUUCAGAGUCAAUAAGGAGGCUCUGGCUGAACAUGCCCUCUUCCCUCAUGUCCUCUGUCACAACUGUGCCGUGGAGUUCAACUUUGGGCAGAAGGAGACACCAUAUUUUCCUCAGCCAGAGGGCUUCACUUUUCUCCAGCAAAUUCCUGUAGAUGAACGUGUGCGUGGACCCAAAGGGCCUGAGACCAAGAAGGAUUGUGAGGUCAUCGUCAUGGUCGGCCUCCCUGGAUCAGGGAAGACCACAUGGGUGACCAAGCAUGUUGAAGAGAACCCUGGAAAAUACACAGUUCUGGGAACUAACACCAUUGUGGAAAAGAUGAUGAUUAACAGUCUGAAGCGUCAGAACAAAGACACGGCAAAACUCACUGCCAUCUCCCAGAGUGCACCUCUGUUCCUUGGCAAGUUCAUUGAGAUUGCUGCCCGUAAGAAGAGGAACUACAUUUUGGACCAGACCAACGUUUCUGCUGCAGCCCAGAGGAGGAAGAUGUGUCUGUUUGCUGGCUUCCAGCGCAAAGCUGUCGUGGUCAUGCCCACAGAUGAGGCCUACAAGGAGCGCACUCAGAAGAAAGCUGAAACUGAUGGCAAAGAUGUCCCUGAGCAUGCUGUACUAAAAAUGAAGGGCAUAUACACAUUGCCAGAAGUAGGCGACUGUUUCUCAGAGGUCACCUAUGUGGAGCUGCAGAAGGAGGAGGCUACCAAGCUCUUGGACCAAUACAAAGAGGAGAGUAAAAGUGCCCUGCCCCCAGAGAAGAAACCUAACCAAGGCACACCCAAGAAAGGUGGUGCUCGCAGCAGAGGGGGCAAAGGCCAGUUCAACAGGGGAGGUGGUCCAGGUCCACGAGGGGGCAGAGGAGCUUUCCAGAACCGUGGCAACUUUAGAGGAAUGCCUGGUCCCCGUGGAGGCUUCGGUCGGCCGCCCCGAGGCGCACUACCACCUCCUGCCUUCAGAGGCGGCUUCCCAAGCCGUGGCAACUUCGGCCGAGGUGGUGGAGGACCCCCCAACCGAAACAUGGUGCCUAGAGGAGCUCCUGCCAGAGGUGGCAUGGGCGGCAUGGGAAACAGAGGUGGAGCCAUGAACCGUGGAAAGCCAAUGCACAGAGGCAACAUGAACCGUGGAGGUGGACACAGUGGUGGACCCAGCAGGGGCAAUUUCAAUCAGAAGUUCCGUGGACGUGGUGGAAACCAGCAGAAUCGCGGUGGAUUUGGCAACAGAAAUGGGAACUUUGGCAUGAAUAAAGCCCAAGCCUUCAACCAGAGCUGGCAGCAGGGGUUCUGGAACCAGAAGCCAUGGAGUCAACAGUACCACCCAGGAUAUUAUUAAGUGGGCUUUUGUAUUAAAGACUGGUGGCAUGUGGAGGACUCCCUCUUGUGACCACAGAGCCCCAAUGAUCUACUUUUACUGUCUUUUAAAAAAAAAAAAAAUAAUAAAACGUGUUUUAAGAUAAUUUACACGUGGACAUGCAUUCCACAUCCCAAUAUCAGGUCCCCCUGUAGAUGUGAGGGGUUCCCUUUUCCAUACCUGUUUUGUAAAAAAAAAAAUAAUAAUAAUAAAUCCCCUCUGUCCUUAUUUUAGACCUAACUAUUUGAUAUAUAUAUCAUAUCAGGAACCACAUGUUCUGUUCUGUUCUGCAUGGGAUGCUUUUGAAUUUGAGAGUUGUGGAUUUUAUUGUCAUUUUUACUAAAUGUAAAUUAUUAUUUUGCAAGUAUGUUUUUUGUGUAAGGAUCAUGGCAUUUGAGGAUCGGAUCUUACAGAUCUCUCUAACAUUUUAGAGGCUAUUAAAGGCAAUUGUAGUGGUUUAGCAAAACGCCUGUUCACUGCUCAUAAGAUUCUACUCAGAACUACUCUAGAACUGCUCAUUUUAUUUUACUUUACUCUCGUCGUUUUUUUUCCUUCCUGUCAUUUUGUGUUUCAGUCCAAUAUGUACUAGUUAAACUCCAUAGGUUUACAAUAAAUGGGUUGUUUGCUUUUGUACAACUUGGAUUGUUUUUUUUUUUUUAUUUUAAUUUUUUUAUUAACUUCUACAAGCUAUAUUAAACGAGCUAGCCUUUGAAUAAGCUGAUUACGCUUCUCUCUAGCCCUUCUCGGCUUUAAAAUAUUAAACAUUGACGGGUUCUAAGCUUAUUCUUAAACUUUGUUAUAUCUGGUCCGAACUGAGAGAGACCAUGUACAGAGGCGCUGAUCCUACUCCUACUGGAGACCAUAGACUUUCAUCACAUACUGUUUAUAAGCCAUGUUACACAAACUGCAACAUCUACAGUAUAAUGUAGGCCUACAUGCUUCUAAUUGUGAGACAUCAUUUAAUUAUUUUCGUCUGAAUGAUCUAGCAAAGAAAUUCAUGUCGUUACACUCCCAUUAAUACACUGAGAAAGAUCUCUUGAAUGUCCAUUUAGGUUCAGGUUUGUUUACACCAUUUUUGUUUUAAAUGUGUGUACAGGAAAGAUGAGAAGGUAAAUGUUUUAGAUUGGGUAUCUUCUUAUGUGCCGAAUUGACCAGUAUGUAGCCACUGAUUAAUAUUAUUUCUUUGGCAGAAAUUGAUCAUAAACCUAAAUAAAAACAAACCUUGCAAAUAGUUAUCAGUUGGUUGCCAAGCUGUACUUGGUGUUAAAUAGAAAGCCCUGUUUUGUAUUUGAAUGUGUGUCUUUGGAGUGGUGCAAUUCUAUAAUUAUGUGGUGGGGAAAUGACCACCGAUAUCAUGGCAGCUAUUUUAUUAACUGUAAUGAGAGAACCUGCACCACCCUCGAGUUUGUUUUUCCCCCUGGAGCAUACCGAUACUGCUGUCACACUGGCGUCUUUCUCCUAUAAAUUAGGUCUUUUCCCUAUAAGAGAUAAAUACUGUAUUAAUCUUCUACUUAGGCGCACGAGAGUUGAGAAUCUUUGAGAUUAUAACAAAUGUUUAUUAAGCGCUGGAGUUACAUGACUGAGUUUAGGGCAUUUGUGGCUUGUUGCAUUAAAAGUGUCCUUUGAUUUACUUCAAGUUUUUUUGUAUUGUGCUAUUUAUCUUACAAGGUUAACCUGUUCUAGUUUGAUAUUGCAAAGGUGUCCAUGGCGUUUAAGACUGUAAUAAACAUAUGAAACCGUU